GACGGCAGGUCGUCGUCAUAACAGCGACCAACAUGGCGGCUGCUGCUGCGGGUUCAACGGAGAGCCGGGAAAGUUCGGCGGCGGGAGACGGCGUGGCUUCUCCCCGAGACCGGCCCGUUUGCCUGCUGGUUCUGGGUAUGGCGGGUUCCGGGAAGACCACCUUCGUUCAGAGGCUGACGGCUCAUCUUCAUUCCCACAAAGCUCCUCCUUACGUCAUCAACCUGGACCCGGCGGUCCACGAAGUCCCCUUUCCAGCCAACAUCGACAUCAGGGACACUGUCAACUACAAAGAGGUGAUGAAGCAGUACGGGCUCGGCCCGAACGGCGGCAUCGUGACCUCGCUCAACCUGUUUGCCACGCGCUUCGACCAGGUGAUGCAUUUCAUUGAGAAGAAGCAGCAGAACCACCGGUAUGUCCUCAUCGACACCCCCGGUCAGAUUGAGGUCUUCACCUGGUCGGCGUCUGGAACCAUCAUCACGGAGGCUCUGGCUUCGUCCUUUCCCGUCGUGGUCGUCUACGUGAUGGACACGUCCCGGAGCGUCAACCCCGUCACCUUCAUGUCCAACAUGCUGUACGCCUGCAGCAUUCUCUACAAAACGAAGCUUCCUUUCAUCGUCGUCAUGAACAAGACGGACAUCAUCGACCACGGCUUCGCCGUGGAGUGGAUGCAGGACUUUGAGGCCUUCCAGGACGCGCUGAACCAGGAGACGUCCUACGUCAGCAACCUGACCCGGUCCAUGAGCCUGGUUCUGGACGAGUUCUACACCAACCUGAGGGUGGUGGGCGUGUCUGCUGUCACGGGAAGCGGGUUGGACGAUCUGUUCGUUCAGGUGGAAGACGCGGCCAAAGAGUACGAGACAGAGUACCGGCCUGAGUACGAACGCCUCCGCCAGCAGCUGGCGGAGGCGCAGAGCAGGAAGCAGCAGGAGCAGCUGGAGCGGCUCAGGAAGGACCUGGGAGCCGUGAACGUGACCGGGACUCCGCCCACAGAGGGCGGCGAGGAGGCGGGACCCAGUGACCUCAUCAUGAUGCGUGGGAACCCCGACAAUGACGAGGAGGAGGAGGACAGCGACACCGACGACAUCGACCACACAGUCACGGAGGAGAGCAAAGAGAGCGCCGCCUUCGGGAACUUCCUGAAGGCGAGACGGGAAGUGGUUCAGGUGCGGAACAGGAAGUGCGCCGUGCCUGAGGCGCCGUGACCUCUGAGCGACUCCAGACCGUGGACUGGCACAGGCUAAUGUACCGAGCAGGUGGUGUCUACACACAGUGAGAGCUGUGGACUGAUGGGGUGACCUUUGACCCCCAUGCAGAGCUCCCGAUCGGCUGCUUUGCUCCUUUAGAAAGUAUUUUUUUAUGGAAAUGUUUUUGUUUUAUGACUGUUUGCUUUUGUUUGUGAACAGAUUUAUGAUCUAAACAAAUAAACAUCAGAGACUUCAGUCAGUGGCCGGCAUGUGACGGUGACCCAGACGCAGGAAAUGCAUUUUAACAAAUGUGUUUUCAGUUUUUACAUUUCAUUUAAACACUUUUUCUCACCCGA